UCCCACUGAGGAGGAGGAAUCAAAAUCUCACAUGAUGUCAGUGUGCGGUGAGGCUUUUAUAAAUGCAGCCAGAGUGCACUGAGAGACCAGAUCAGCUACACUGCCGAGAGUCAAACCAACACUGUGAGAUGCAGAGCCCUCCCAAGCCUCAGUUUGCCAGAUGGCUCAUAGAGCAAGUGGGGACGGGCCAAUACACAGGCCUGUGCUUUGUGGGUCAGAACAAGUUCAGGGUGCCGUGGAAGCACAAUUCCAGAAAGGACUGCAAUGAUGAGGACAGCAAAAUAUUCCGGGCCUGGGCAGUAGCGAGUGGAAAAAUUAAUGAGUUCCCCACUGAAAAGGCCAGGUGGAAAACCAACUUCCGUUGUGCUCUGAACAACCUUUCACGCUUCAAGAUGGUUCAAGAUAAUUCCAAGAAUUCUGACGACCCUCAUAAAAUCUAUGAGAUCAUCAACACUGAGUAUAACUAUGAAGAUCUGCCAACACAGAACUCUCAGGAGGAUUCUGACAUGAUUCCAGAUAUCUUCGCUCCAGCAGAGUACUUCCCCUCAGGAAAUGAGUGCAAUUUUCUGAACAAUUUCAAGGCCUUGGAUCUCGACAGCCAACCAGCAGAGGAGCAACCGUGGGCAGAGAACUACGUCCCGCAUGUUCCAGUUGUCCUUGAAAACUACCCAGCUGCAGCUGAGAACCACCCACAGCUUUUGCCAGAGCAGCCGACCUACUACGAGAUAAACCCUGCCCCAGUCAUCAGUUCACCCCCGCAGCCGAGCAUUUACGACCUGGAGAUCUCAAUCCACUACAGGAAAAGAGAAAUGCUUAAGAUGACGUUGAGCACCGCCCGGCUCCAACUCCACUACCACCAUGAGGCCCCAGAGUUCAACGCCCAUCAGAUCUGUUUCCCCUCCACUGAGGGUCUGCUGGACCACAAACAGAUUGAUUACACUAACCGCAUACUGAACAGCAUCCAGAGAGGUUUGCUCCUGGAAGUACGAGACACUGGUAUCUAUGCCUGGAGGCAGGACAGAUGCCAUGUGUUUGCAAGCAACAGCGACCCUAGCAAGGCUCAUCCAAACCCAACAAAGCUGCCCCAAAACACCAUGGUGGAGCUGCUCAGCUUUGAGAAGUAUGCAAACGAGCUUCGAGAGUUUAAGGAGAACCAUGGUGGCUCUCCAAACUACACCAUCAACAUGUGCUUUGGAGAGAAGUUCCCUGAUGGAAAACCGUUGGAGAAGAAGCUUAUUACAGUGAAGGUGGUUCCUUUAAUCUGCCGACACUUUCACGAGAUGGCCCAGAUGGAGGGGGCUUCAUCUCUUCAUAGCGCCAACAUCAGCCUACAGAUCUCACACAACAGCUUCAUGGAUCUCAUCAACUCUUUAUUUACUCUGCCCACGGGCGUAGAGCCACUGCAGGCUGUGGAAACCUCAUUCCUUGAUCAAAUGUAAAAUAUUACAACUACUUACAGGGUGUACUACAUCCUGCUCUACUCCAAAACUGCAAAAAAAAAAAAAAAGACAAUCCAGUGAUCUGCUGAAGUUAUUACUGUAGUUAAAGUAAAUCUAUGUAACUCCAUCCUGGUGUUUUUCAUCAUCUCCUUUUCAGUCAUAAAACUGACAAUUCUAUCACUACAUAGGUGCAAAUGAGCUCCUCUACUAUCAAACUAUCAAACAAUUAUUGUGAAUGUCAAAUUAUCUUAUAAUAUAAAUGUAUGGUUCAGUUCAUAUUAUCUACAUGUACUUUAAAAAAAAAAUCAUGUGUAACAUGAUAAAUCCGUUCUAACAUGUUAAGUUUUGGCUUAUUGAUCACGUAUUUGUAUAUAGUUAUUUUACUUUUUAUUUUUAAUGUGUCAUACAGUCACAGGCUAUAUGUGCGUUGUAAUUAUUGUUUUACACUUUUUUCUACUCUGCAGGUCGUCUUGCACUUUUAAUACUGAAUAAACAUAACUGGCAUUA